AACAAACAAUAAUAAAUAAAAAAAAUAUAAUAUUAACUAAAAAAAAACGACAAAUUGAGUAAAUUUUUAAAAAAUUAUUGCUAAAUAAAAAAAAUGGAUCAAAAAGACAGCGAAGUAAUCAAAAAGAUACUAGACUAUUGGUUUAUACCUGCUGAUUGGGAUAGACACUCUCGUACUAGUCCUGAAGCUAGUAAAAGACAUUUUUUUGGAGGACAGGAAGUUGACUAAUAUAUCAUUAAUAAUUUUUCUCACCUCUUUGAUUAAAUUAAGAAUAAAUAGCUUGAACAUUGGAAGAAAGACCAUUUUGGAAGAUUAGCAUAUAUUAUAACAUGUGAUUAGUUUUCUAGAAAUGCAUUUAGGGAAUCAGCUAAAUAAUAUGAUUUCGACUAAUACGCUCUUGAUCUUAGUGAUGAAAUAACUGCAAAUUAAGAAAUGUAUAAUGCUUAUAAAUUUUAUGAAAGAUAAUUUAUAAUUUUACCUUAUAUGCAUUCUGAAAAUUUAUAACAUCACCAUAAAUGCUUAGAACUUUCUGAAUAAGUAUCUUUAGAAGCUGAAAAAUAAAACCUACCUGAUGUAGCUAAAGCAUUCAAAUAAAUGGUUUAAUUCGGAAAGUCUCAUAUGGAAGCAAUCUUAAAGUUUGGUAGAUAUCCAAGUAGAAACAAAGUAUUAGGUAGAGAAAGUACUUAAGAAGAAAUUGAUUAUAUGAAUAAUGGUGGUAAAUGGUGA